AUGAGCGCGACGUGGCGUGGUGUUUUCACCUACAACAAGUUCACCGAGAUCACGGCCCGCGCCCUGCGCGCCUCCUUGAAGGAGGACAAGCGCAUCGCCGCGGAGAAGCGUGGUCUCACUGCAGUGAGGUACCAGAAGUGGGAGAAUGGCCAGGGUGGCGAGCAGGUGCGCAUCCAACCGAAGCAACGUUGA